AUGGAUGGGUAUUAUUCAGAUGACGACUCGGACAGUACUGUAGAGGAAACAUUGAUAAUGCUAAAUUUACCGCAGCUAAAUAAUGAUGAAAAGAAAUUAAAAAAUUUAAAUAUUUGUCGUAAGAAAAAAGGAGAAGAAAUACAUAUAGAGAACAAAAAAGAGAUAAAAAAAAAUGAAAACACUGAAAAAAAAUCAAGUUCAAAUUUAUUAUCAAAAAAAGGUACAAUACAUAAUUUGAGCAAUAUAAAUAUUGAUUUAACCAAUGAUGAAGAACAUAUAAACGAAUUUUUAAAUAGUGACCAUGCCCCAGAAACAGUUUAUGGAGAGAGUACUAAUGUUAAGUUAGAUGGAAAUGAAAAAUUUCAUGAAAAUUUGCAAGAUAAGGGAAACAAAAAUAACAGGAACGAGAAUUCUAAAGAAGAUGCAUAUAACCUAAACAAUAAUGAGGGGGAUAUUAUACCAUUUGAAAUUAAUAGUAUUUCUCUAAAAAAUUUAUUCGCGGAAUGUCCUGAAUGUAUCAUAAACAAUAAAUAUAAAUUUAAAGGCAUGCAUACGUCUAGUAUUGGUACAAAUUUAUACUUUAAGGAACCGUACAAUUUAAAAGAUAAAAACCAUUUAAGCAGUUAUGAAGUGUCUUAUGAGAACAUUAACAGAAAUAUGAAAAAUGAAAACAAAAUAACUAGAGAUGAUUUUACUUCAUACGAGGGAUAUUCUAGAAAAAUAAUAUCCUUUGAAAUAGAUUGCUAG